AUGAGUUCCAGCUCUGAUGACGCCCAACACAUGAUGGGCGAAAGCUCAGCUCGUUCUCACCCGAAGCGAGGGAGGACGCCUCUUGGGUUUUGUCAAUCUGAACGUCGUAGUAAAGCCAAACGGCUGCAGUACAACGGCAUUCAACCGCCCUCUUCUGGUGAUAUCGAGCUACGAAUUUAUUCUUUAUGCACUUUCAUACGAAAUGAAUGUCUCACGACAAUAUACUCUUUUGCACGAUACUACAUUGUUGGAUAA